AUGAGGUUUCUGAUAGUAAAUGGGUUCAAUGCAUCUGCAUCUUGUGCAAAAGCAUUUGAAUAUUUUAGGAACAGCAUUUAAUGUAUGAUAUCGAAAUAGAGGGAAGUAGCAGAUACUGAAUGUGAGUAUCAUUUUCGAGAUCGACAUUCUUUGGAUGAUUUCCUUUAUGAACCGGAGACAAGUUUGAUCAGAAUGGAAUAUGGAUAGAAAUUUAAUUCAAUUGAUAUUGUGUUCAUUAUCGCUUCUCCGAAUUCAAAACCUUGGAAUCCAAAUAUGAGAAAGAUAAUAACCUUGAUCAGGAUGUGUUUGAAGACCAAAAAGUUAUUAUUCUCAACUUCAUUUGGAGCUUAGGCUAUAGCUUACCUUUGUUCAACAAAUUUCUCUUUGCAUGCUUCCAUUACGAACAAUCACGGGGAAGGUUGUAAAUUGGUAGAUUUUCCAAAAUACACUCUACAGGCAUUGAAGAAUGGUCCGAAUGAAUACUUCUUGGAUUCGACCACAGGAGAUCUAUAUCUGUACAGCAAAGUGACUGAUGAAUGGUUGCCAAAAGCGAACAUUGGUUUGCAUAAUAGGAGAGAUGCUAUGGAAUAUCAGUCGAUUGGUAAGUACAUUGUGAAAUCACCAACUUAUAAACCUAAAUAGAAUAUGUUGGCAAAUCAAAAUGAAAUGAUCUGUUAAAUAAAAAAGCAGUUCUUGCAUCAUUGGUUAUUUAGAGGUGUAGCUAUGGAAUUUGCAAUCACCUCUUGCAAUUAAUGGGACAUUCAUGCAAUCACGUUCACAAAUCCAGAGAAAAAAUUCAAUUCAUUAGCAGAGCACAAUCUGAGAGGACCCUUAAUCAUUGAGAGUGACAAUAUAAUAGCAACUAUGUUUGAGUUGGAACCAAAGCAAAAAGAUACUGUUAAAAUAUUGUAGAAUUUUAUUGACAAUGCAGUGAAAUUGAUUAGAUUCAAUAACAGUUAUAAUCUUAUUAGCAUUACUAAUGAGAAGUACUUUUCGGGAAAUAAAGGAUUGGACAACAUCGAGAUUAUACUUCAGUAGAAAAAGAAGAUAGGCAAUUUGAAUCCUGAAGAUCUGUUGAAGAGAUAAUAAAAGAAUUUCAUGCUAGAAUAUCGGAAAUUACUGAACACUGCCAUCCAAGAGACUGAGAGAGACAAGAUAUUUCAUGUUGGAUUCUCAGUCAAAAAGGAUAGAUUACCAGAUUUUGUAUAGCAAAAUAAUAUCUAAGAGAAGAAUUAUAAAGUGGUGAGACGCAAAUCAUUUCAAGUCAAGAAGGCUCAAUUCUUAAGAUAACAGAGUUAGAUUAAUGUUGGUGGAGAUGAUGAUUUCUAAAUGAAGGAUUUGCAAGAUGAGGCUCAAAAAAAACCAUUGCCUUUCUAACGUGUUAUUGCUACUGCAAAUAACAGUAAGAGAUUGAAUUCAAAAAAAUAUUCAAAUCCCAAAACACCCAACACCAUAGAGAAGGAGGACUAUGAAAUUUAGGAGUUCGAAAUUAAGUGGAUGAGUCAAACAGGAGUAAGGAAAAUACUCCAUCCGACUUUGGAAGAUGAAUUCUUAGGAUCAAAUAAGACAUGGGUCCCAGGAUUCCUUUCCAAGGAUAAAUUGAAGAGCAAUAGCAUUGUUUAAAGUUAAAGAGGACAGCACAAUUAGAAUAAUAGAUUUCACACAGACUCCCUUGUCGGUUGA